AUGGACGAUCAAGAUGCUGUUAAGUCGGCUCAGCCGCACAAGGCUCGGUCGAGUCAGGCCACUACAGUCGAGCAAACCAAAGAAAGAAGCAAGGCAUUAAACCAGAAGCUAGACGUGGCCUUGCUUCCACUGCUGUCUCUUCUAUAUCUGUUUAAUGGUCUUGAUCGUGGCAAUGUUGGAAAUGCUGAGACGCAAGGCUUUACUAAGGACAUAGGAGCUGAGCCCGAUGAUUUGAACGAAGCGGUCUCCUUGUUUUUUGUCACUUUUGUUGUUUUACAACCUGUCUCCGCCGCCGCUGGUCGUUACAUCGGUGCUAGGCAUUGGAUCCCUUUUCUAAUGCUUGGAUGGGGUAUAGUGACUAUUGGUCAGGCUUUCAUCAGAGGUCGUGGAGCACUCAUUGCCACACGCCUGCUUAUUGGCGCCUUCGAGGCGGGCUUCUAUCCCACCGCUGUUGCUUACCUUUCAUUUUUCUACCCGCGAUAUGAUUUCUGUGUCAGACUUGCUCUGUUCUAUGGGCAGUAUGCCAUUGCCGGUGCCUUCUCUGGCUCAAUCUCGUACGGUAUCUUCCAUCUUCAUGGCGGUCACCUCAAAAAUUGGCAGUAUCUCUUUCUCAUAGAAGGGGCACUGACAUGCUUCCUUGCGAUCGUGGCUUGGCUGUGGCUACCCAAUGGCCCAGGUUCUGCUUGGUUCCUACGACCGGAAGAACGAGAGUUUGCGGUCGAGCGGAUGAAGCAAGACAAUGCUGGGUUCGUGCAGCAUGAGUACAGUGAAGACGGAAUAGAAAAAGAUCGUCUGAGCAAGAGAGACUUUGUCGAGACGCUCAAAGAUUGGAAGCUAUGGACUGUCCUGGUACUCAACGUUUGCGCCAGUGUUCCCAGCAGUGCCUUUUCGGUUUUUCUGCCCCUGGUUGUUCAGGGGUUAGGCUAUGAGUCUAUCCUCGCCAACCUGAUGACAGUCCCUCCCUUCGUCUGCGGCGCCCUCGGUCUCUAUGCCUUCGCCCUCAGCUCGGAUCACUUCAAGGAACGAGGCUAUCAUAUCCUGGGUGGCCUGAUGAUCGGUAUCGUUGGUCUUAUUCUCACCGUCACGAUUACUUCGAAAGUUGGGCAAUACAUAUCGCUGUGUGUCCUCCUCUCUGGCGUAUACAUCUCUGCCCCUCUCACAAUGGCCUGGCUCAGCGGCAAUACGCCUGAGCCUGGCAAACGUGCCCUUGUUCUUGGUGUCAAUGGGUUCGGUAACCUCGGAGGAGUGAUUGGGGCACAGUUAUACCGCCAACGAUACAGACCUCAUUACAAAGUGCCAUUCUACGUCACGCUGGGUUUUAUGGCCAUAGCUCUGGUUGGAUAUGUGUCGUAUCGAUUCUUGCUUGCAGCAGUAAACAAGCGCAAGAUGGCAAUAUUGAGCACAAUGUCGGCGGAGGAGAUUGAGAGCGAGAGGCUCAAUGACCGCCGCUAUGCAGACAAAAAGUUCACAUUCAUGUAUGGGCUGUAA